AUGAAAAGCCCUUGUCCUUGGCUGCCCCCGGCUGCCUUCGUUCUGUCCCACGCGACUAUCACCUCAUGCGAGUCAAUUACUGCAUCUGGACUCCUCGGUUCCCACUUCGGCAUACCUGGCCUCAAUGCAACCUAUGACUAUGUUGUAAUUGGCGGGGGAACAGCAGGUCUCGCGGUGGCCCGCAGACUGGCUGAGACUCCUUCCGUCAGCGUGGCAGUCAUUGAAGCCGGUGACUUCCCUCAGUUCAGCAAUGGGAAUUAUUCUGAGGUCCCGGCCUACGCUUCAGAGUUUACGGGCAGUGAUCCGACGCUGAAGAAUCCUGCAUUGGAUUGGUACAUGUAUACCACGCCGCAAGAGGCAUUGUUCGACUCGGGUAAGAUCAUUAGUGGGAGUAGUGGACGCAACUUCCUGUGGCAGGUUCGAGGAACCCAUGGUUGCUUCGAUCGCUGGGCACAAGAGGUCGAUGAUCCAAGCUACCAAUAUGAGUCUUUCCUGCCUUACUUCCAACGUUAUGCUCACUUCCACCUGCCUAAUGCCACGAAUGUGACAUACAACCUGUCAGACUGGAGCCCUCAUGGGGGCCCGGUGCAAGUGGGAUACCCCUCAUGGGCAAAUCUGAUAUCAGCCUGGCUUGGACGGGGAUUUACCGAAAUGGGCAUGCAAGCACUGCCAUCUCUGCUGAGUGGGAAUCUGAUGGGCUGGUCGUGGCUGUCGCAGACAUUAGACCCAGUAACGCAGACCCGAAGCUCUUCUUUGGCCUUCCUUGAGGAAGCAUUGGCUGAGGCGAGCAACCUGGUGCUCUACAAGUCUACCUUGGCCAAGAAGAUUACGUUCCGGGAUGAGCAGGCCACUGGCGUGCUGGUUGACACAGCGGGGCAGAUGUACCACAUUGCGGCUAGGGGAGAAGUGGUGCUAUCAGCUGGUGUGAUGAGAUCACCUCAGCUCCUGAUGGUUUCCGGGAUUGGACCCCAAGAGACCCUGCAGGCUCAUGGGAUCCCAGUAAUUGCAGAUCGGCCAGGUGUUGGUCAGAAUAUGGCGGACAAUGUUUUAGUCGGACCAACCUACCAGGUCCGAGUGACCACGCACAACAGCCUCGCAGACCCAGCCUAUCUGGCUGCCUCAGUCGAAGAAUACAAUGUCAAUCGCACAGGAAUGCUCACGAAUGUUGGAGGUGAUGUUGCAGCCUUCGAGAAAAUCCCACCAUCCAUGCUUCAUCCCGAAACAUCCCAAGCGCUAAACGACUCCUUCCCCUCAGACUGGCCCCAUAUUGAAUAUCUCGUGCUAGACGAAUACUUCGCCACCGGCGCUGACAGCAGCCGGGGGGUAUCCAACAUGAAACAAUACGUCGCAGCAUCUGUGGGGCUCGUGGCCACCUUCUCCCGCGGGAAUGUCACAAUAGCCUCAUCCGAUGCAGCCACCAACCCAAUCAUCAGCCCCAACUGGCUCCUUGAUCCGCGCGAUCAAGACGUUGCGUUGGCUGCAUUUACCCGUGCCCGACAACUGUUCAACACGAGUGCCAUGCAGCCUGUUGUCGUCUCAGAGGCUUUCCCCGGUGCUACUUAUACCACCCGGGCGGAUUUGCUGCGGAUUAUUCGAGAGAGUGCCAAUUCAGUGUAUAAUGCGGUUGGAACUAACCGUAUGGGGAGGGCUACUGAUCGUGAGGCUGUAGUUGAUAGUCGGUGUCGCGUUAUUGGCGUCGAGAACUUGCGUGUUGUCGAUGCUUCGGCGUUUCCUUUUUUGCCGCCUGGCCAACCUUCGGCUACGGUUUAUGCGCUGGCGGAGAAGAUUGCUGCGGAUAUGCGCGAGUCGGAAUAAUCUUGUCGGGGAUUGUCUCAAGGGGAUUGUCUCAAGGGGAUGCAAGGGUGUGACAAGGGGCUUAGUGGCAUGCUAGGAUUCUGUAGAAUCUCAUCCGUGUUAGAGAAAUCAGCCGUAUCUUACUUUGUAGUGCUGCAAAUAAGCGAGUGUUACGUAGUCAUAGAUGAAAUCCUGUUCCUGGUGAGGGUGAUAGUCCCCCUCGGCGAGGCUACGAUGUAUGCAUGGAGAUAUGCA